AUGGGCACUCUCCAUUUCCGCCGCGUGCGGCGCGCAGUCUCGUUCCUUGCGCGCCCUCUUCUCUUCGCUACACUCCUAUCCGUGAUCGCGCGUGCCUUUCUGCACACCACAACCAAGCCGUCACCAUCUCCACCACAACUGACGAAAGCGCUCGUGGUCGCCUCCACCAGCAAGGACAACACCUCCUGGCUGGCCUCGAUACCGAGACGGGAGGGCGGCGGCGGCGGCGGCUGGGACGUCUUCCACUACGUCGUCGACGCGCCCCUCUCCCCUGGCCUCGCCGUGCCCGCCAACAAGGGCAACGAGGCCAUGGUCUACCUAACCUACAUCGUCGCGCACUACGACGACCUCCCCGACGUCGUCUUCUUCCGCCACGGCCACCACCGCGCCUGGCACCAGGGCGGCCACGACGCGGCCGCCCAGGUGCGCGGCCUGCGCGCCGCGCACGUCGCCGCCGUCGGCUUCGCCAGCGCCCGCUGCCUGCCCGGGUGCGAGAACGUCAUGACGGUCCCGGGCGUCCCCGGGCGCGCGGUCCCGCUCGCCCGCUUCGGCGCGCCGGGCGCCUCCAGGGAGGGCAUGCUCGCGACCCUGCUCGCCGAGUUCCUUGGCAGUAGGGGUGAAGAGGUACCCAGGAGGCUGGCCGCCCCCUGCUGCGCCCAGUUUGCGGCCAGCCGCGCCGCGAUCCGCGCGCGCCCGCGCGAGUGGUGGGCUCGGCUGCGCGACUGGCUGCUGCACACGCCGCUUGAUAGCAUGGCCAGCGGGAGGCUGAUGGAGUAUACUUGGGCGAUCUGGCUAGGGGAAAAGGCCGAAUAG